AUGAGGUUGUCUAUUGCCAUUCUCCUCCUCCUCUUUUUCUUCACCUUCAGUAUUGAUCUCAGCAGCUGCAGUUCCAACUUUCAGUUUGAUGCUGAGCUACAGGUUUCUGCUGAUGGCUGCAGCGGAGAAAAUGUUGGAGAAUGCUUAGAGAUGAGCAGCAAGAGAAUUCUUUGGGCGGCGACGACUGUUAGUGGUGGUGGAAAGAAGAGGUACAUAAGCUAUGAAACUCUGAGGAGGGACAAUGUGCCCUGUAAUAGGCCUGGGAUGCCUUACUACAACUGCCAUGCUCUUCCAAAGGCCAACCCUUACACUAGGGAUGCAGUGUACUCACCGGCUGCGCUCGAGGCGAUUGAUUCUUCCUCAUUCACUAAUCUUGCCUUCAUGAACUAA